AUGCAGGCAGGAACGGGAGUAGUCGAUGUUGUGGUAGUUGAUGAAAUUGGUGCUACUGUUGUAGUAGUAGUAGUUGUUGUAGUAAUUGGCAGAGGAGUCGUAGUUGUUGUUGUCGAGGUAGUUGUAGAUGUAGAACUCGUAGUUGAGGAAGUUGUAGAAGUAGUUGUGGUUGUCGUUGUUGAAGAGGUUGUUGACAUUGUAGUUGUAGUAGUCGUAGUUGUCGUUGUUGUGGUAGUGGUCGUUGUCGUGGUACUAGUUGUUGUUGUAGUCGUAGUGGUUGUAGUUGUGGUUGUAGUGGUAGUGGUAGAUGAUGUUGUUUCAGUAGUAGUAGUUUCAGUGAUACAAGCUCCACCCCAUUUAAAGGCCCAAAACCCAGCACUACUUAUACUUCUACCUCCAUAAUUAAGUACAAAAUAGAAAGUAUAAUCUGGAUAUGUAUUAUAGAUGCUAUUUAUUUUGAGAACUCCAGUCUAAGAAUCAAUAGAAUAAGCAGCUUGA